AUGUUUUGCACUGUUAUUGGUAGACAGGGAGUCAUAUUGUUCCGUUUUGUUGCUCUUCCAUUUCUUACUUUCCCGAAAACCAUUAGCAAAACGACUUCUGGCGUACAAUCGGCUAAUGCAGAAGUGGGUAGUGAUGAGUCAUCAGACAGUGACGACGUUUCAUUUGAAGCGGAUAUUGUCGUGCAAGAUCCUAGUCGGUUUCCAAAAGGUUGUGAAUAUAUUGGAGACAAUGAAUGUGCAUGUAAAACAGAUUCUGAUGAAGUAGUCCACGUCCCGUGCAAUCAAUCUUCUCGAAUUAAAAGGGGUGCUCAAAAAGAUCCUGUAGCUGAAAAAGCAAAAGCUAAUUAUCGAAAAGUUGUAGACGAAUUGAACGAAAAAUUCAAAGGACUUAAGGAAGGAUGCUUUCCACGCCCAAAGGGUUGCUUAUGUGUUAUUGGCAAAGAUCGUGAUGGCCGUGACAUAACUGAACGCCGAAUGAAGGAUGAAGACUGUAAAUGUAAACCAGGAGAACGUGGUAACGGUUGCCCGGCUCCAGGAGCUUAA